GUAGCGACCUGGGGGACUUUGUUGAAUAUGACCCAAAUCUUUUAGAUGACCCACAGUGGCCAUGUGGCAAACACAAGCGGGUUCUAAUCUUUCCUUCAUACAUGACCACAGUCAUAGACUACGUGAAGCCAUCGGAUCUCAAGAAGGACAUGAACGAGACUUUCAAGGAGAAGUUCCCUCACAUCAAGCUGACCCUCAGUAAAAUAAGAAGCUUGAAGAGAGAAAUGAGGAAGCUUGCUCAAGAGGAGUGUGGUUUUGAAGAGCCCACGGUGGCCAUGGCCUUUGUCUACUUUGAGAAGCUUGCUCUCAAGGGGAAGCUGAACAAGCAGAACAGAAAGCUUUGUGCUGGAGCCUGUGUUCUUUUAGCAGCCAAAAUUGGCAGUGACCUCAGAAAACAUGAAGUCAAGCAUCUUAUAGAUAAACUGGAAGAGAAGUUCCGGCUGAACAGGCGGGAGCUGAUCGCCUUCGAGUUCCCCGUGCUGGUGGCCUUGGAGUUCGCCCUGCACCUCCCCGAGCACGAGGUGAUGCCGCACUACAGGCGCCUGGUGCAGAGCUCCUAGCGCCGGCUCCCCGCGGGGCAGGGGCUGCUGACUGUUCCCCCCGGGGCUCCCCCCGCCCUCGGGGCCUAAAGGAAAUGCAAAAAUCAGGCUCCUAACGCUUGACUCUCUCUCCCCAAAAUGGUUUUUUUACC